AUGGCUCCCACUGUCGUAAAAGCAAGCCUCAAUUAUGUCAAACCACCAGAGGAAAGCGAGGAAUGGCUCCAACACUAUAUUCCCGGCUCAGUGGGCAUCCAUCGACUCAAAAUCGAUCCGCACCAUGUGGAGAUUACAGACAUUCGAAGUACAGAAGAACCAUGUCUUCUGGAUGUUCAAGGCUUUCAGAUCAUCAAAGGGAAGCCUGUCGAUCGUAGAAUAUUUGACCAGGACAAUACAGACAUCGCAAGCCGGAUGGCGGCUCAGGCGGUGGAGCUCUUGAAAGAAACUACCGGGGCAUCAUAUGUGCUGAUGUUCAAUCAUGUUACACGGUUUGAGCCACCAGAGAAGCUCAACGGCUUGUCCCCAGACAUGCCAAAUGAGGCAAUGUUUCCAUACAUGGGCCCAUUUGCCUCUGUGCACGUCGAUCAAUCAUACCGUGGUGGAAGGUACAUUGUCAAUAAUUUCAAGCAUAUACCUGAAGUUGCUCAGAGGCUCACGGAAUCGGGAACCACUUGCCGCUUCGCUGUGAUCAAUGUCUGGCAGCCCGUGUCGCCUGUCACACGAGACGCAUUGGCUCUCUGCGACCGUCGAACAGUCGAUGAACAAGACCUUCGACCCUGGCGGAGUCAUCCAGAUCCCAGUCAGUGGGAUCCCAAGCUACCCCUGCCGCUUUCGGAGAUUUGGAGACCGAUGUACAAUCCCAAGCACAAGUGGUAUUAUGCGAGUAAGAUGCAGACCAACGAAGCCUUGCUUAUCAAGUGCUUCGAUACCAAGCUUGAUGAGCACUCGAGAGCAGUGCCACAUUCUGCUUUCCGGGCACCGUCGGACUCCGGUCCCCCGCGGGAGAGCGUCGAAUUUCGGUGUCUCGUGUUCUGGGACAGUCAGCCGUUCAGCGACGAGACGGCUUUCUUGAAUCCUGUGCGGGUGUAG